CGUUUGAAAAUAAAUAAAAUAAAUAAUAGAAAACCUUUCCUUUUUCUAACUUAAAAAAAAAAAACAAACAAUACGGUUUUCAGUUGGAGAGGCUGAGCCUUUGCCUCUGCACACCUAAGUUUCUCUACCAUAAAACCCCCACUUUAUCCGGCAACGCUUCGAAUUAUUACUUUCUUUCUCUAUUUUCCUGUCUCUACACAGUAAAAUUGUCCAAAAGAUUCAAAUUUCCGGCCGGUGAAUUUUCAGUAAUGACUACAAUAACCUCCUCCGAAUUGAAUUAUCUCGUUUUCCGUUACCUUCAAGAGUCAGGUUUUACACAUUCAGCUUUUGCUUUAGGAUAUGAGGCAGGUAUUAACAAAUGUACUAUAGAUGGGAAUAUGGUUCCACCUGGUGCGCUUAUUACAUUUGUACAAAAGGGGAUUCAGUACUUGGAGAUGGAAGCUAAUUUGACUUGCCAGAGUGAUGCAGAUGUGGAUGAAGAUUUUUCAUUCUUGCAACCUUUGGAUCUUAUAACUAAAGAUGUAUAUGAAUUACGGCAAAUGAUAAAAGAUAAGAAAAAAAAUCUGCAUAAGGACAGAGAAAAAGAAAAAGAAAAAGAUAAAAAUAAAGAUAAAGAAUUUGAAAGGGAGCAUGAAAGAGAACGCACGCGAAUAAGAGAAAAGGAAAGGCAAGAAAGGGAGAAGGAAAGCGAAAAGGACAGAGAGAGGGUAGAAAAGGAUAAGGAACGAGAAAAGCAGCACGAGGAUAAUACUGAUAGAGAAACAGUUGCUGAUCAAGCAGAUAAGAAUAAUGUCAAACAUGAAAAUAUCAAACAUGAAAACGUUAAGCAUGAAAAUGUCAAACAUGAAGAAAAUGGAACUGGAGGACCGGAACCAAUGGAUGUCUCCGUGACAUCAACAUCUCAGGCAUGCGAAAUUCCUAGUUCUGAUGUGAUGAUUUUGGAGGGACAUACAUCAGAGGUUUGUGCUUGUGCCUGGAGUCCUACAGGAUCACUUCUUGCAUCUGGGUCUGGAGAUUCUACAGCACGUAUUUGGGCAAUAGCCGAAGGGACCUCUAGAUCUGGUGUACAAAAUGGUCCCUUAAAUGUGCUGGUAUUGAAGCAUGUAAAGGGAAGAACAAACGAGAAGAGCAAAGAUGUUACAACACUGGAUUGGAAUGGUGAGGGAACCUUACUUGCAACGGGAUCAUAUGAUGGGCAAGCAAGAAUUUGGAAUACAAGCGGUGAAUUAAAAACUACAUUGAGUAAACACAAAGGACCUAUAUUUUCUCUGAAGUGGAACAAGAAGGGAGAUUUUCUUCUUACUGGUAGCUGUGACAAAACUGCUAUAGUGUGGGAUGUGAAAACUGAGGAAUGGAAACAACAGUUUGAGUUUCAUUCAGGUCCUAUACUUGACGUUGACUGGCGCAAUAAUACUUCAUUUGCAACAAGCUCAACAGACAAUAUGAUAUACGUCUGCAGAGUUGGAGAUAACCGCCCUGUCAAAACUUUUGCUGGGCAUCAGGGUGAGGUUAAUUGUGUCAAGUGGGAUCCCACAGGCUCAUUGCUUGCAUCAUGCUCUGACGAUAUCAGUGCUAAGAUAUGGAGUAUGAAGCAAGACAAAUAUGUUCAUGAUUUGAGAGAACAUUCCAAGGAAAUUUACACCAUCAGAUGGAGCCCCACUGGGCCUGGUACAAACAAUCCUAACCAACAGUUAGUGCUGGCCAGUGCAUCAUUUGACUCCACGGUGAAGUUAUGGGAUGUGGAACUUGGGAAACUUCUCUGCACUUUGAGCGGACACAGAGAUCCUGUGUAUUCUGUUGCAUUUAGCCCAAACGGAGAGUAUCUUGCUAGUGGAUCUCUUGAUAGGUCUAUCAAUAUCUGGUCUUUGAAGGAGGUUAAGAUCGUGAAAACAUACACUGGCCAGGGGGGGAUAUUUGAAGUUUGUUGGAACAAGGAAGGUGACAAAAUCGCUGCUUGCUUUGCCAACAAUACAGUGUGUGUGUUGGAUUUGAGAAUGUAAGUACUGGCAAUGGUGUCCAUGGUCUGAGGAUUGCUCUAAAACAUUGUGCGAGCAUUCUGUUUAGCUGAUCAUCAGUUGCAUAUCGUAGUCUUUCUUUAAUGUAGAUGGCAAAGUGCAUCUUUGGUUGGGCAGAUUUUUGUCUUUUUCCCAUUUCCUAUAGUUGUAGGUAUUACUAAUUCUAGUAUCUACUUGCUUGUCAGCUAGGGAUCUGCUUUGUAUUAUAUGGAUCAGUGACAGAUUAUGUACAGAUUAUUCUCAUUGGAUCCAUAACUUAAGGUCCUUUAUUAAGUCUUUGCCCUAGUUGAGCCUAGAA